UGGUAUCUAAGGACAAAAUCUUUACACUUUCCUGUCACGUGAUACUUUGUUUAGAAACAUGGCUGCCCUUGCGUUAGCGCAGUACGGGAGCGGUGCCGUUAUUACGGCACUCUUGCAUCCUUUUGGUUAUGCAAAAGUGUUAAUGCAGGUUGGCCAUGAACCUUUACCUGCAGAAAUUUCAAAAACAUUCAUCUUCAGGAAAGAUGUUUUGGUUUAUCCCAACAUUUUCAGAUACAUGGGGCAUAUCAGGAAAGUUGAUGGUUUCUUUGGAUUAUACAGAGGUGUUGUUCCACGAGUUCUUGCAGGCACCAUAGGCAAUAUUGUACAAUACAACAUUCAAGAUAAAGUAAAAAUAGUUGACAAAAAGAACAAGAAGAGGGAUGAGCUUGGUACUAAAGAGGAAGAAGAGGAGUUUAUUCCUUGGUUAAAACAGUUUGCAAAAGAGACUACACAGGAUACUCUAGGCAGGUGCUGUGGUGUUAUUGUUAGCCACCCAUUUCACGUAAUUAUGGUCAGAUGUAUGGUGCAGUUUGUUGGCAGAGAAACACAGUACAACUCUGUACUGUCAUCAGUUAAAGAAAUUUAUCAUCAUGAUGGUGUUUUAGGAUUCUUUUCUGGUUUAGUACCUCGGGUACUUGGAGAAAUUAUAGCAAUAUGGGUGACCAGUUUUCUAGCUAAGCUCCUCAACAAAUAUUUUAUACAAGAAAAGGAAUUGAAGUCCUACACCUCAGCUGCAUGUGGGCUAUUUGUUGCUCACUUCACUUAUCCUUUUACACUUGUGACCAACAUAAUGGCAGUCAGUGGAAGUGGACUUGCUGCUGGCUCACCACCCUACAUGCCAUUGUAUGACAGCUGGUUUAAGUGUAUGAUCAGUUUAUCUGAAGAUGGUGACUUAAAACGUGGAGCCAAUGCAUUCUGGCGUUUCAGCAAAUCUAAGCAUUUGCCAGCUCUUACAAGAUAUCGCUCUAAGCCAAGCACUACAACAUCCUAUUCAAGGCCAUCCCACCAUAGCUUCAAAUAAAAUAGUUACAAGGCUGUAAUGUUCCAGUAUGUUAUACAAGUGAUUUUUACAUAUUGUCAAUAAUAUUCUAUCACUUCUUUCCAUUCAAACAUACUUAUAAUUUUAUUACAUCACUCCCAAAAUUUCCUAUUUAUUUUCUAGAAUUCUAUACAGUUAUUAUAAAUCACACAUUUUUUUCUGUUGAUUAGUUCCAAGUUUACAUUGCAAAGAAUUCUGUCCUAGAAUGACUAGCAGAUUGUGAUUUUAACAUGAUUUUGUGUUUUAUGUUCUGUACUUUUCAAGUACUUUGAGAAUAAUUAUUUAUAUAAUGAUUAAUGACAGCUCUUCCAGGUUCUGGUCAUAUUCUACACAUAAAUUUUGAUGCCUAAAAGUUGUUUGCGUUAAGUUAAUGAACACAACAAUCUUGUGCUAAGAAUAUAUGAUUGUGUACAUACAUUUGUACAAAUUAUAACACAUAAUAGGUAGUUUUGAACUUUGGCCUCAUAAACAUUGUUUAGAAUGCAACAACUUGCAAUGUCUUUGAUGGUGAACUGAACUUGUCUGAGUUGUGUUCCUUAUAAAUUUUUUUUAAUCUGUUGAGUUUUUUUGCAUACAAGAGAUUGAAUGAACAAAAUACAUUAAGUAAUAAGCUGAAAACUCAAUAAAAUGCAUUUAAAAAAAACA